UCGUGGGUCUCAGCGGUCAAUGGGGUGUGCGUUCGGAUGCUGAGAGACUUUGGGGUUGCUCACCCUGAGAAGACCCGAGGUCGGCCCCGUUCUUCUGCAGACUGAGGUCGCGCCUGGGGCCGCUGCGUGGGAUCCUGCUCGCGUCCCUAGAAGUGGGCACUGCUGCGCGGAGAGGGAGGAGAGGUCUUUCCGCUCCCCGCGAGGCCCCAAAGACCUCGUAGAUUGUCUGGCCUCUGGACACGGAGCAGGCCCUAUGUUGGAGAAAGCCGUGGGAUUGCCAGGAACUGGCGCGAUUUGUGUGUGUCUGCAAGCUGACUUCUGACCGCCGGCGACACUGGCAGCGAGGACUCGCCUUGGUUCCAGCAUGUACUUCCCGUCUUGGAUGCGUCAGCUGUACAGGGGUUUAUCCGCGCCGCCGGCCUGGGCUUCCCCCCGCAGGAGCCUGGUGCUGAGUCCGCACCGGAGACUUCCAGAAUUCAGUAGUUUUAUUGCCCGGACCAACACAUGUGGAGAGUUGCGUUCUUCUCACUUAGGCCAAGAAGUCACCUUGUGUGGAUGGAUUCAGUACAGAAGACAAAACAUCUUCCUGGUCCUAAGAGAUUUCCACGGGCUUGUACAAAUUGUCAUUCCCCAGGAUGAGUCGGCUGCCUCUGUGAAGAAGAUUUUGUGUGAAGCCCCUGUGGAAUCUGUGGUGCAGGUGUCUGGGACAGUUGUUGCUCGACCUCCAGGACAAGAGAAUCCCAAAAUGCCAACAGGUGAGAUUGAAAUCAAAGUUAAAACGGCUGAGCUUCUGAAUUCCUGCAAGAAACUACCCUUUGAAAUUAAGGACUUUGUGAAGAAAACAGAAGCUCUGCGUUUGCAGUAUCGCUACUUAGACUUGCGCAGUUUCCAAAUGCAGCGUAACCUGCGUCUGAGGUCCCAGAUGGUCAUGAGAAUGCGGGAGUAUCUCUGCAACCUGCAUGGAUUUAUAGAUAUAGAAACCCCAACACUGUUUAAGAAGACACCAGGGGGUGCCAAAGAGUUUUUAGUGCCAUCCAGGGAGCCUGGAAAGUUUUAUUCCCUCCCUCAGAGUCCUCAACAGUUUAAGCAGCUUCUGAUGAUUGGCGGCUUCGACAGGUAUUUUCAGGUCGCUCGAUGUUACCGAGAUGAAGGUUCAAGACCAGAUAGACAGCCCGAGUUUACUCAGAUUGACAUAGAGAUGUCUUUUGUAGACCAGACCGGGAUCCAGCAGUUAAUCGAGGGUUUGCUGCAGUACUCCUGGCCCAGUGACAGAGGUGCAGUGGCGCUUCCCUUUCCUUCUAUGACUUUUGCCGAAGCAUUGGCCACAUAUGGAACUGAUAAACCUGACACUCGCUUUGGAAUGAAGAUUAUAGAUAUCAGUAAUGUGUUUAGAAACACAGAGAUUGGAUUUCUUCAAGAUGCGCUGAGUAAGCCCCAAGGAACUGUCAAAGCCAUAUGUGUCCCUGGAGGAGCAAAAUACUUGAAAAGAAAAGACAUUGAAUCCAUUAGAAAAUUUGCAGUUGACCAUUUUAAUCAGGAAGUCUUACCUGUAUUUCUGAAAACCAGUAUAAACUGGAAUUCUCCAGUAGCUGAAUUGAUAAUGGAGGAACAAAGAUUGGAAUUUAUCAGACUAAUGCAAGUCCAAGAGGAUGAUGUGAUCCUCCUAACUGCUGGAGAGCAUCAGAAAGCGUGUUCUUUGUUGGGAAAACUGCGACUGGAAUGUGCUGACCUUCUAGAAAAAAAAGGAGUAGUACUCCGUGACCCGGCUCUGUUCUCUUUCCUUUGGGUGGUGGAUUUCCCACUCUUCCUUCCCAAGGAGGACAAUCCCAGAGAGCUGGAGUCAGCCCACCACCCAUUUACUGCUCCUCACCCCAGUGACAUCCACCUCCUCUACACUGAGCCCGAAAAGGUCCGGAGCCAGCACUAUGACUUGGUGUUAAAUGGCAGUGAAAUAGGAGGUGGUUCUAUCCGAAUUCACAAUGCAGAGCUGCAGCAUUACGUCUUGGCAACGUUGCUAAAGGAAGAUGUGAAAUUGCUCUCCCAUCUACUCCAGGCUUUAGAUUAUGGGGCACCCCCUCAUGGAGGAAUUGCCUUAGGGUUAGACAGACUGAUGUGCCUUGUCACUGGAUCUCCAAGUAUCAGAGAUGUCAUAGCCUUCCCAAAAUCCUUUCGAGGACAUGACCUCAUGAGCAGUGCUCCAGACUGUGUCCCUCCCGAGGACCUGAAGCCCUACCACAUCCAAGUCUCCUGGCCAGCAGACUCAGAAUCAGAAAAGAAUUCAUUGAACCUCCAUCAAGAAAGUUGAGCUUUGUGUUUUGUCCUCUUUACUUCUCCAAGAUUAAAAUUAGAUCAGAGGUCUCCCAGAGAUUGGAGUCAGGUCUUCAGGUGGAAGGAAUCCAGACAAUUCUUCACAUUGAAGAAACAGAAGAUGUCUAAUUUUGACCUGACAACAUGCAUCAGUACCUUUUUUAAUUUUUUGGUAGGGACUUCAUCAAAGUUCCAUUUUACUUGGAGAGUUGUGAAAGAUGGUUCUUGGUUUGGGAAAUAUAAUGGCUUAGCAUUUUCUAAUUAUGUUUUUCAUACCCAGGUAUAUUAUUCACUUAAGACAUCAACUAGUCAGUUGAUGGAGGGUUCAGUUCACCCAGCUCCAUCAAUAUAAUCAUAUAAAUUAAAAGCAACACAAUACAAAACAUAUCACUGAAUUGAGAGAAAAUCUUGUUUCACCUUGAUCUUGUUACACAAACCUCCCCCAGCCUCCCUUCCUGCUUUUGUGACAUGCACUGAAUACUUGCCCUGGCCACCUCACAGGGAUUUUGUUGCCAGAAUCAGGGUAGAUAACAUAUGUACAAAAUAAUGUGAGUGAAAAUGCUUUGAAAAACUAUGUAAGAUACUGUCCAUCCAUAAAUAAAUGCAGGUAUGUUUUAUAGAGAUGAAACAUCUAUAAAGUUUUAUGAAUAAGUAUUCUUUUUCAUAAGCAUUAAUCCCUGAGUAAUAUUUUUUUCUGAAUUGUAAUUGAAAAUACUAAUUUACGUUCAACUAACCUCAAAUAUAUUAAGGGAACACUUAAGCUCAUUGGAACUUUGUAAGUUCUAAUAGUGCAAGUAAAAACUGUUAAUUAAAAUGAGGAAAAAGGCCUUCGUGAUUAAUGAGUUUGAAAAUUUUCCUGACCUUUACUUUUGCCUUGACAUUCCCUUUGAUUUAUAAACACAAAAUACCAGUUUUAUACAAGCAGUCUUCAAAACAUUCAAGAAAAUGCACAUUGUGACUUCAAAAUUUUGUUGGCACCAAAAUAAACACUCCAUUUUCCGUGAA